GCCAGGUACGCGUGCGCACAGGGACUUGAGGAAAGGAUGUGGGCUUGAGGAAAGGAUGUGGAGCUAAGGCGCCAGGAAGUGGAGGAAAAGCCCCCCUCAGGUUACCACCAAAGAACAUGAUUUUGGUCUAGGGGCUCCAGUUUCCGAAGCUGGAAAAUACCAGAAUACUCUCCAGCUAGAACAACAAGUGAGAACUCAAGAUAAAUUCAUCUCUACACUGAAAUUACAGAUUGAACUCAUUUGCCAGCAAAAUAAUAUAAUAGUAUUGGAAGAUACAAGAAAAAGGCUUAGAUCUACUUGAUUCCUUUAUCAAGAACUUAGAAGCAGACAAAGAUCACUGCAAGAGUGAAGCUCAAAACUUGAGAAAGAUGAUCAGGAGUAGAUCCAAAAGUCCAAGACGCCUGUCACCAUCUUCCCGGGCUACACACUGUGAUGUAGACCUUUUGAAGACCACACGAGACCGUGAAGAACUUAAGUGCAUGCUGGAAAAAUAUGAGCGUCAUUUGGCAGAAAUUCAGGGUAAUGUCAAGGUUCUUACAUCUGAGAGAGACAAGACCUUUCUUCUUUAUGAACAGGCGCAGGAAGAAAUUGCCCGGCUUCGCCGAGAAAUGAUGAAAAGCUGUAAGUCUCCUAAAUCAACAACUGCACAUGCCAUCCUCCGGCGGGUGGAGACUGAACGAGAUGUAGCCUUCACUGAUUUACGAAGAAUGACCACAGAACGAGAUAGUCUGAGGGAAAGGCUAAAGAUUGCUCAAGAGACAGCGUUUAAUGAGAAAGCUCACUUGGAACAGAGGAUAGAGGAGCUGGAGUGUACAGUUCAUAAUCUUGAUGAUGAACGUAUGGAGCAAAUGUCAAAUAUGACUUUGAUGAAGGAGACCAUAACCACUGUGGAGAAAGAAAUGAAAUCAUUAGCAAGAAAAGCAAUGGAUACCGAAAGUGAACUUGGCAGGCAAAAAGCAGAGAAUAAUUCUUUGAGAGUUUUAUAUGAAAAUACAGAAAAAGACCUUUCUGAUACUCAGCGACACCUUGCCAAGAAAAAAUAUGAGCUUCAGCUUACUCAGGAGAAAAUUGUGUGCUUAGAUGAAAAAAUUGAUAAUUUUACAAGGCAGAAUAUUGCCCAGCGAGAAGAAAUCAGCAUUCUUGGCGCAACCCUCAACGAUGUAGCUAAAGAAAAGGAAUGCCUGCAAGCAUGCUUGGAUAAAAAGUCUGAGAACAUUGCAUCCCUUGGAGAGAGUUUGGCCAUGAAAGAAAAGACCAUUUCAGGCAUGAAGAAUAUCAUUGCUGAGAUGGAACAGGCAUCAAGAGAUAUCUUGGCUCAUGAGAAUGACAAUCUCCAAGAACAGUUUUCUAAAGCAAAACUAGAGAACCAGGCCCUGUCUAAACAAUUGAAAGAUACUCAUAAUGAACUUAAUGAUAUAAAACAGAAGGUCCAAGAUACUAAUUUGGAGGUUAACAAGCUGAAGAAUAUAUUAAAGUCUGAAGAAUCUGAGAACCAACAAAUGAUGGACCAACUCCGAAAAGCCAAUGAAGAUGCUGAAAACUGGGAAAAUAAGGCACGGCAAGCAGAGGCAGAUAACAAUACCCUCAAAUUAGAACUUAUCACUGCUGAGGCAGAGGGUAGCAGAUUAAAAGAAAAGGUAGAUGCCCUCAGUAGAGAGGUCGAGCAGCACUUAAAUGCAGAAAGGUCUUACAAGGCCCAGAUUUGUACCUUGCAUAAAUCUCUUGUGAAGAUGGAAGAGGAGCUUCAGAAGGUUCAGUUUGAAAAGGUGUCUGCCCUUGCAGACUUGUCUUCCACAAGGGAACUUUGUAUUAAACUUGACUCAAGCAAGGAACUUAUUAAUAGGCAGCUGAUUGCUAAAGAUCAAGAAAUUGAAAUGAUGGAGAAUGAGUUAGAUUCUGCUCGUUCUGAAAUAGAACUCCUCAGAAGUCAGAUGACAAAUGAGAGAAUCUCCAUGCAGAAUCUAGAAGCUUUGCUGGUGGCCAAUCGGGACAAAGAAUAUCAGUCUCAGAUAGCGCUUCAAGAAAAAGAAUCUGAAAUUCAGCUGCUUAAAGAACACCUGUGUUUGGCAGAAAAUAAAAUGGCCAUCCAGAGUAGAGAUGUGGCCCAGUUCAGGAAUGUCGUCACACAACUGGAAGCUGAUUUAGACAUUACCAAAAGACAGCUAGGGACCGAGCGCUUUGAAAGGGAUAGGGCUGUGCAAGAACUUCGCCGCCAGAACUACUCAAGUAAUGCUUAUUAUUUGAGUUCUACACUAAAGCCAAAUACAAAAUGUCAUUCACCAGAACGUGCUCACCACCGAUCUCCUGACCGAGGCCUGGAUCGAUCUCUAGAAGAGAAUCUUUGCUAUAGAGAUUUCUGAUAUGCGAAAAGAUUCUUCACAUCCUUGGGAAAGGUCAAAAUGUCAAUCUGAUUUUUUUGCUAUAUGAUUGCAUUUAUCUUUUGAAUCCUUGACAAUGUUAAAUGUAUAUAUUAACUUUGUGCCUCUGAAUUUCUGUUCUCAUGUGCCAUAUUACAGUGAUCAGAGAUGACUUAUAAAACAAAAAUGCAUGUGGCUCUUUCUACCCAUACAGUAAUAGUGAGUGUAAAAUCCACUUACUUCACUAUUGAAUACUGUUAUGUUAACUAUCCGGAGUAAAUAAAGAAGCUU